AUGAACUCCGGUCCAAAUGCUGACCAACAUCACCACCACCACCACCACCACCACCACCACGACUAUGACUGCACCUCCAAACCGUGUUACGAUGCACGAACCGGAGACGCGGACGACGGGAGACACGAGGUCGAAAAGAAAGCAAAGAACGGUGCGGAAAAGAAAGUGAAAGCCGCGCAGCUCGCACACACUCGACCGCAAAUCUACCCGUGGAUGACUAAACUGCACGUGAGCCACGAAUCAGAUGGGAAAAGACCGAGGACGAGUUACACCCGGUACCAAACAUUGGAGCUGGAGAAAGAGUUUCACUACAACCGAUAUUUAUCCAGACGAAGAAGACUCGAGAUCGCGAACACGCUGUGUCUGAAUGAGAGGCAGAUCAAAAUCUGGUUUCAGAACCGCAGAAUGAAAUGGAAGAAAGACACAAAGUCACAAAAUUAAAAAGUAAAAUUAAAUCAAAACUAAACUUAAGUCUUAAAAAAGUCUUACAUCUUACAAUGUCUAAUUAUUAUUAUGUUUGAUCCGAUAUUACAAUUUCUGAUCUUGAUAAUCACCUGGCAUUUAAUUUUAUCAUGAAAUUUUACACUCAAUAAAACAUUCUUGUUGCUAGGGUGCCAACCUCAAUGGCACAGAUGCUGUACCUUUAUAAGCCUAUAUAUUUAAUGUGCAUGUGGAUGUAAUGUGCACUCUACAGCCCACGUGUGGAGCUUAUUUUUGAACGAACGCUAUCCACAUUUCGGGGGAGAAAAAUACAAACAAGUAAAAAAGAUAAAAUAUACCAUUUCAGAAACAAGGUAAGGUACCUUUCAGUACUCAUUUUCUGAGUGUGUGGGUAUUUUUAAAAUCCUGUCGACUCGUUAAGCUGCAAUAUCUCCAUGUUUUACUUUUAUUGAAAUUUGUAAAUGUACAUCAAGAAGUGCACUUGCACUUCUCCUUCAUUUCAUAAUCUCGAGUCUUUACAUACCAGGCCUUAUGGCAGUGUAGACACGGGAGAUGCUGCACAAAAUGGCCACCUAUUGAGGAAUCUUUCUCCAAAAUAAUAAAUAAAGCUCAAGAGGGUCUUGAAAGCCCGAUGAUGUCCUCACUAAAUAUCAUAACAGAUGAUCGGCACAAGCCUACUACUGAUAUUAAAUUAUGAAUGUCAUUUUUACAGUUUAACUGAUUUGAAUGUAUUAAUUUGUAGUUAUUGUAGUAAUACAAUAAUGGAGUUAGCACACUUAAAUAUAGGCCUAAUACUGAGAUGGAAUAAUAUAAACGCUCAAAGAUUUAUUUUUGUCUAAUUUAUGAGACCAUAACGCUAAUCCUUUCUAUUUCUUUGCUGAAGUUCUUUAAUUCACUCUCAACUUCAUUAAGCGACCUUUUCUCUUUUUCUUUUUUCCCUUUUCAAAAUUGAGUAUUUAUUUUAAGUCACUAAUAAAACAGAUGCACACAGGCCACAUAGAUGUGGAAAUGAUGGAUUCAAUGCAAUAACUGAAAUCCUGUAUUUAAUAAAAUAUCUUAAAGUGCCA